AUUAUAAAGAUCGCGUCACCCCCAUGGCUCCAGCUCCCGCGCCGUCCUUCAACCCGAAGGCCCAAGGCUACAAAAUGACUUCGAAGAUCAAGAAUCUCUAUUACCGACUAACGCCCACCCAAUCAUCUACCACGGUACCAACUCUGGGCUUCUCCAAAGCACCAACAGCGCCGGCCCUAUUCCCGAAGACGGAUCCCGCUUCCGACGGCGAUGAAUGUCUCCACGACUGCAGCAGUUGCACCAUCAAGUAUCCAAGUAAAUUCGCCAUUGACGAGGAUGAGGAGUUGUAUGGCCACGUGAAAGGCUGGAGCACUCAUUUGAUUGUCGCCACGGGAAAAUCAGAUUGGGUGCGAGAUGUCGCCGACGAAAAAGGAAGCAUUAUGGAGGCUGUGGACAAGGGCACUGUGAAGCCUUCGAAUGGGAAACUCAUGCUCUCUGCGUCGAACAUACCCCUUCCUGAGCACGACACUGAGAGCACCAGAGUUCUGCUCCUCCCUGCAUUCACAUUUAUCGACAACGUCACACCAUCAAAUGUACCAGAUCUGAUCACGAGCCACAUAAAUAAGGGCCCUGUGAAUACGUCUCCGCUCGGUCAACCCUCUGAAACUGUACCGCCUGUAGCAUCACCCCCAGAGCCCGAAGAGCAAACCUCCACACAGCCUGGGCCGGUCACGGGACCGACACUGAAAUCCCAUCCAUGUCCGCACCAGUACCUCAUUCUGCUGUGUAGUCAAAAGACGCGGGAUGCUCGCUGCGGACAGUCUGCGCCACUUCUUCGUCGUGAAUUUGAACGCCAUCUAAGACCUUUGGGGUUGUACCGGGAUCUGCACGAUGAACGACCAGGAGGCGUCGGAAUUUACUUUAUAAGCCACGUCGGCGGCCACAAGUUCUCCGCGAAUGUCAUGAUAUAUCGAAAAGAAGCUUCGGAAGUCUCGGAGUCGGGGCAAGCGGCACAGUGCGUAUGGCUUGCUCGCGUGAGACCUGAGGACUGCGAAAAUAUUGUGAGAUACACAGUCUUACAGGGAAAACUGGUAAAGCCAGAAAGGCAACUCAGAGGUGGAUUUGACAGGUGCAAACAGCUGGUUAGUUGGUGAUGAUUUAGGGGCUAGGAGGGAUCAUUACUUUCGCGGGUGCUGGCAGCAAUCGACCUUUAUAGAGAGAGGCUGUCACAGAGGAGCAUAGACGUAAAGACUUGAGAUUAUGAGCGACAUAUAGAGGCACACAUAGAUAUGUAGGCUGCUUGCCAUAGGGCAUAUCUAUAGUCCGUAACGGUGGCACAAACCUGCGGGCGUAACAGCACGUU